GGACGAAUCCUCCUAGGCAGCAAUCCCCUGUUACUCCUCCUCUCAGUCCCCUCUAUUUUCGAUCGGCAAAGAGUUAUAACAACCGUGAAGAGGACAACUCUUACGGAGCGUCAGACUACCUUACGUACCUAAGGCAAUAUCUUAUAGUAUGUUCUUUCCCAACAGCAGAUAACUAAUCAUUAUAUUCUUCUACUAGACAUUUGAAUCUAAACGAUGAAAUUGUCAUAUGCUAUCUACUGCUUAGGUAGGUACCUAUAUAUAGGCGCGGCUACCAUUGUAAGUGCCUGGCCAAUAUUUCCUGACCUGCCAUUCUACUUCCGACAUCUCAGCGGAUUUCUUCAAAAUCUAAUAGCAAACUCAUUGAUCCCCACUUUCAUCCUUGAUACAGACCACCCAUGGCUAUCUGAAAACCGUGGUUGGCUUCAGUCGUAUCCUGAUGUCGCCGGCGCUCUUUGUGACAAGUCUUCCCUGCUAUGGACUAGCCCAUCCCCUGGGCACGAGAUCCCAACUGAUCUCUUCAGCCGCAUCGACAUCAAUAAUAACAAGGUUGGGAUCAGCCGGCUAGGAUGGGAUAAUGCUGUUUCGCGUCUUAAAGAAUUGCGUAAUUGCACCGCCGCUCUCGAGGACGUUAGAUACUUAAAUGUAUACAUUUUCGUACAUACCGGCAAAUUCUCUGAUCCACUCGUUGACUCGGAAAUGCCAUCCGAACUACCGGGCUUGUUCGCAGAAGUUUUGACAUCCAUGCCGCAUUUAGAGAGAUUGAAUUGGGGGCUUGACGCAGAACACACGGUAGCUUUCAGAGACGAGUUUUUACGGCGGAAUUUAACGCUUCCUAGCGUUCGGCACCUAGUUCCUGGCGCACAGAGCCAUUACCUUCUACCCAUGUGUCCCGGCCUAGAGACGCUAGAAGCCGGUAGUUUCUUUCAUCAUGCGAGCUGGAAUGAACCGUAUCGCGAGGGCUGCGAUUCGAGAUUUGAUCUAGUGCGCGCCGCCUCUUCCGUGAAUGGUCUUAGAGAGUUCUUGAUGCUAGAUGAAUGGACACCUGAGAGACUUGAAGAAGUCCUGGAGGCUAUGCCUAACCUAGUUAAAUUGACGAUGGAGGGCCGGUUGAAAUCCAGGAGACAUUGGAGCGAGGAUACAGGUGAAGAAGAAGAAACUAAGGAGAAAGGAAAACUUCUCAAGAAAUGCUUAUCCAUAAUCUCUAGAUUUCCCAAGCUCGAGGAGUUACAUCUACCCCAUUCAUCAGGUUUACAUCUAGGCUUUGAAGGUGGGAAUUGGUGUGGAAACGCCUAUGACGGAAAACAUGGAAGGCGUUACGGACGCUCCGUGGUGAAGCAGGUCGUCGAUACUACUGAACUGGCUGGUGACAUAGCCAUGAAAGCCGUCCCACACCUCAAAACUCUAAGCAUUGGUAGAACCCAAGCGAACUUCACCCGAAAUGAGAAUGGUGACUUCGAAAUAGUGUGGCCCUGGACUGGAAGGAAGGAAGAGUAUGCGUAUGAGAUCUACCCCCUGUGAAUCAUGAUAAUUAAAUCAUGAGGUACUUGGUAUACUAUUUCUUAUGCGUUAACCUCGCGUUUCCCACUGUAAUUCGUCAACUAAAAAGGGCAUCUAAGUAACUAAGGUAUAGGGGGAAGUAUAGCCGCAGUGAUGGCUCCGGCUUGGUGGAAGGCU